AUCUCAGAGCAUUUUGUUUUGCCAGUCGAAAGCCAGCUCGUUGCCAACACACCCACUUUCUUCCGUGUCAAGUUCACGUUUCACUAUAUUCAAACAAUGGCUGAUACCAGUGCUCCAGCUCCUUCUACCCCUAAGAAGGCAGCAGCAGCAAAGAAGAAGGCCAGCAAGCCAAAGACCCCAGCUAAUCAUCCUAAAUACAGUGACAUGAUCGCCAGUGCUCUUACAAGUCUGAAUGAGAAGAAGGGGUCAUCUCGUCAGGCUAUUCUCAAGUACAUCAAGGCCAACUACAAAGUGGGUGACAGUGCCAACGUUCACAUCAAGCUUGCUCUCAAACGUGGAGUUUCAUCAGGACAGCUAAGACACGUGAAGGGAACUGGAGCUUCUGGAAGCUUCCUCCUUGCAGAGGCUAAAGCAGCGAAGAAGCCGGCAAAGAAAGCAGCACCCAAGAAGAAGGCAGCAGCAAAGAAACCAGCAGCAAAGAAGGCCGCAAAGAAACCAGCAGCGAAGAAGCCCGCAAAGAAAUCAACUCCAAAGAAGAAGGCAGCCAAGCCAGCCGCCAAGAAAGCCAAGCCUGCCGCAAAGAAGCCAGCUCCAAAGAAGAAGCCUGCAAAGAAGGCCGCCAAGAAGUCAAAGAAAUAAACGUGUUCACUGAGAACAAAGACUAUGUAUAUUUUUGUGACUGUUGGUUGUCUGUGACAUUUGGACUUAAACUCCCGAUAAAGCCCCUCUAGAAUGUGUCUCGUCCUUUGCUUUCUAUGCCAUCACAACACUCUUGAUUUCUUCUGAAGUCGAACGCUAUAUUAUAUAGUAACUUCUUGAAUUCAUCUUCAAUCGUGUUAACUCUUAAUUUAUUGGAAAAUCAUCUCAACGUCCUCAUAAACUUUCGUCAUGAAAUGAGACUUGCCAAUUACCUCGCCCGACGAUACAGAACCUUUGGGACUGAAAUAUGUAUUUUGGAACGCCAGCUGAAGUGAUAAAGAUUAUUAUUUCGAGGAGUAAGGAGUCAAGACAUUGUACAGAGACAAUUAUUUAUGUGGAACAUCCAACCCAAAAGAGACUAUUGACUUUUUAAAUCUACAUAUGUAAAUCAUGGAAUGUAAUAACUUUGUAAUAAAAAAAAGCAACUAAAAGUUGA